CGUGGCCCCCGGACACAUGUACCCCCACCUCUGUCCUCAGUUGAGCAUCCAUUCUUUGGAAAUCCACAAACAUUCCAAGACUGGACUUCUACUGAAUCAUUUCAAAUUCUUCGAAUUGCACUGGCCUACGGAAGGAUGUGAGGGAGGUGACAGGAGGCGGGCCAAGACCCUCAAAGAGGAUAAAAAGGUCACCACCACCCUGGGCUCUCAGCCUGGUGUCCCCUGAGCAGAGACAGCCUCCGGAGGCUUCCGGCACCAUGGCCCCCCUGCAGACGCUGCUCCUGGCCGCCCUCCUCCUGGGGGCUUCCCUGCAGCACAUCCACGCAGCCCGAGGGACCAACGUGGGCCGGGAGUGCUGCCUGGAGUACUUCAGGGGGGCGAUUCCUGUCCGCAAGCUGGUGGACUGGUACAGGACCUCAGUGGAGUGUACCAGGGAUGCCAUCGUGCUGGUGACCGUCCAGGGCAGGUCCAUCUGUUCAGACCCUGGCAACACGAAGGUGAGGAAGGCAGUUAGACACCUGCAAAAGUUCAUGAAGUCACGCGGCUCCAUCACCCAGGAGUCCUGAUUUUCUCCCGGGACCACGUAGAGACUUCCGGCGUUGGUUCCAGGACAGAGAGGAGCCACGUGAGAAGUCCUGGUCCCCUUUCUGAACUGGAGCCACGGCCAUGAGAAGGCCCAGAUUAAAGUCUCUCUCCCUCA